AUGUUCAACUUCAUCUUUGCAUUCCCCGCAGUAAGGACGAUUGACACCUUUGGACGCAGAAAACUCCUUCUCUGCACCCUUCCGUUGAUGACGGUCUUCCUUUUACUGGCUGCUGGGGGCUUCUACGCCACCGAUUCGACGGCGAAAUUGGCUGUCGUCGCUCUGGGGAUCUAUCUCUACAUCAUCGCCUACAGUCCUGGAGAAGGGCCAGUGCCGUUCGUUUACUCAGCAGAGGCAUUUCCGUCGGCCAUGCGAGAUGUUGGGAUGAGCUUUGCAGUGUUCGUCUGCUGGCUUUUCAACUCGAUUGUGGGAUUAACCUUCUCAUCCAUCCUGGAUAACUUCACUCCUCCCGGAGCCUUUUUCUGGUAUGCAGGUUGGAACGCGGCCUUAACGGUGGCGAUUUAUCUCUUCCUCCCUGAGACGAAGGCAUUAUCAUUAGCAAGGAUGGCAUAUCCGCGCAAUACCGAAUAA